AAUGCACUGAAGGGGGUUUCCGUUUUGCUGCCCGUCUUGAUCAGCACAAUGACGGCGAUGAUGCUUGCGGGAGUAUCCUACAACUUCAUCGCUCAGAAGUCUUGUAGUCCUGAGGGUGUGCCUGUGGACAUCAAUGGUUUCAUCUGUCCUAACCAGACGAUCCUCGACCAAGUCAACGACAUGUCAAUGACGACAACGUCCAUCAGGUGUGCAGUUUCUGCAGUGGCUUCCUCGAUAUUCGGUUUCAUGCGAGAUGUGACGGGGAAAAGCAGACCCUUGCUGAUCAUCGGCGUCCUUGCCGAACUGAUCACCGUCAGCACUUACUUCCUGUCUGCCUUCUAUUGGUCAUCUUCGCCUUGGAUACCACUUCUGGUGCAUACAUUUGUGUCGGGCGGGUUUGGCGAAGUUAUCGUGCAGCUGGGCGCCAACUGCCUCCUCAUACAGGAAUCGGCACCCGAGGAGUUACCAUUGAGGCUGCAGGUUUACACGACUGCGAACCUAUUCUUGAUGCUGGUUGCUGGAAAUCUCGCCACGAUGAUCCUCACUAUCUUCGGCUAUCGCUGGCUCUUUACGGUUUCCAUUGCCCUACAAGCAAUCGCCUUCCUCCUGGUCAUAAUCUUGGUCAAGGAGAAGGUAAAUGUCACCAAGAAUAUGAGAGAUUCGCUGGCAAGUUUGAAGAACGUCUUCAAGUGGAGAAAGAACGUCAUCGUACUUUGGUUGAUGUUGUUCGCAGCGCCGAUGAACAUUGCCAUAUUGAUUUCUGAGGGUACGAACAAUGCUUCAUUCUUCCAAAUCAAAUUCCAGUUCUCAAUGUACCAAACAUCUGCUUACAACUCUUACGGCUUUUCGGUUGCGAUUGUCGGUUCGCUGUUGGUACCGUUAAUUUUAAGAAAGGUGUUUCACUGUAAGGAUCUGACGCUUGGCAUCAUAUCUUCCCUCGUGGACUGCCUGGGACCUAUUGCGUUUGCGUUCGUCGAUACUCCACUCUCUUUGUAUUUAUUUACUCUACUAAACUUCAUGAGAUUGGUCACUUUACCAUUGCCAAAUACCGUCAUCAGCAGGAUUGUCACUCGUGAGGAAAUAGGUACCUAUCUUGGAUUCGCUGCUAUUGUUACACUAUGGGUACCGUUCAGCAUCUCCAAGAUAUUCCGAGUCGUAUUCUCCUAUACUGAGAGCAAAUGGAUUGGUGCCUAUUUCUUAGUAUCUUCAGGUCUAUUUCUUCUCUUAGCACUAGUAUACAGUGUAAGCUAUUGUAUAUACGAUGAGUUAGAGACAAUUGAAGACUUGACUGAAAGUAAAGAAAAGUUGGAUCAAAACUUAGAAAACGGCAAAUGUUCGCCGGACAAGACUCGCAUUUGAUUAUGCUACGGGUCGUCAUUCGUUGACGAUCGAGUCGAGAUAUAAUAUCUGAAGAUUAGAUUAUUAAUAUCUGUAUUCAUUAAAUUAGUUCCGUCUUGAUCUCUUAAAUAUCAUAAUUGUAAAAUUAUUUAUCAGCUUUAGCUCGUUGUAAAUAAUUUAUUUUUUAGGCUCUGAAAAUAAAAACGGUAUUUGCACGUAAUAUACUUCGACGAUAUAUUCAAUAUCUGGUAGGGAUAGCAUCAAAAAUAAUAGUGUGUCAUUGUGUAUUACAUGUACAAUUCAGAUUUGAGCGCGUGCAUAAUAUACACAGAAUAAAGCACUACUGAGGAAUGAGAGAUCGAACGAACAUAUGACCGAUUUAAUAGAUCGGUUAUUAUAAUCAAUCUGCCGAUACUUUCCAGGAAGUUUUUAUUAACCUCCCUUAUCUGUGUAGGAGAGGCUUUUCAGCCUACUAAAAUUCAACUCAUACUGAUCGAGUGUAAAGGAAUGAUCUUAAUGAAUGAACGGUUUCAGGAAUUUUAAAGUGGUUUUCCUAAAUGUUAAUGUAAUCGACAUGAAUAUAUGUAUGUGG